AUUGGUCUUCGACCCAAAUUUACCAAUAAAUAGUAUGCAGAUUGUUCGCUUUUAUCUAGCACUUUUUUCAAAAUUGGGCUCCCUGUGGUCAAAACGAGCAGAGUUAGAGCYCAGUACAACAUGGUGAACGRSAAUGAUGUUUAGUAGGAUUYGUACRAGCUGUCGCCWUCGCAGUUUUUCCUGGCUCUUUAAUCGUUAUAUUCUUUCUCUUGGUUUCUUAUUGUCGAUAUUGCUAGUUGURGCUCCAUAUCUUAAAAGGUAUGAUGUGGUUUUGUUUAAGCAAGGAAUCGCCAAAGACCUYAAGGAAAUACACCAACAGCUAUGGGCUGACAUGAACGAUGGAAAAUCACCAAAUAUGAAAACUAUCCUCAAGCUGGAAGAAAUUAUUCAUCGCUUGGAUGAAAGAAUCAAAUUAAGUUCWUCGACAAAGAAAACAGAGGUAACAAAGGUUGAGGUUUGUCCAGAAAUAUACAAGGGGGCAAAGGAAGGUUAUCCAUAUUAUGAAAAGGGUUGGRCAAUGAUAAAYUGUACUGAUGCCAAACCAAUCAGAUCCCUUAUAACAAUCCUUAUUAAUACUAUAGCAUAUUCACAACAAGAUGAAAAACAUGUAAAGAAUGUUUUAAAAGGUAUUUCAGACACAUAUCCAACUGUACAAGUUUAYUUAGCAACAAGAAGUAAUGAUCUGAAAGAGCAUUCCAAGGGAUACAAGAACGUGGAUGUAGUUAUGAUCAGUAAUGCUCAACGUUCGGCAACWRCUUGGAACUUGUUGAUUUCUAASGCUUCUACACCUUAUGUAGUCAUAGCAAGAGAUGUKGUUCACUUUUCAUGGCUUUGUCAGCUUGAGAGGCAGAUUCGUGUUGUCAGUGAAAUCCCUAAAGUUGGURUUGCUGGUGGGUCUUUCCGCAACCUAUCUGGUCACUGGCAAAUGGGAUGCUUCCAGACAACCCUAAAGAACUAUGUUUUAGAAUAUCAAGAGGGGUAUUUCUAUUCCAGRAAUGAAUGCAUGUUUUGUGACUACUUGCAAGGCCCUUUUGUUGCCAAGAAGGCUUUGUUAAAUUUUGAUACAACUCUUCAAGAUGAAGUYAUAUUUGAGGAWCUCUUUSUUGGAUUAAUUAAGAGUGGCCACCUUUUGAUGGGCUGUCCAGAUGCUAUGUACUUUACAACAGAUUAUUCUACAUUUGCGAAACGAAAAGACAGAAAUGUAUGGAUGGAAUUAGCCAGGAAGUGGGAACUGAAUCGAGUGUUGCUUCCGGUUGGUGUAAAACACUCCUUCUCAUGUAAAGACAUUGACAUAAAAUGCACCAAGGAUUUAUCAAAAUCUUUUAUAUUACCAGUAUGCUGCCAAGAACGGUAUGCUGAGAUUAUUCGAGUUAUACAGACAUUUUCUGACAAGAAUAAUAUUUCAUUUGAACUCGACACUGGUUCAGUUUUAGGAAUUGUCAAAUAUGAUGGACUUCUUCCUUGGGAURUAGAUGGAGAUCUAGCUGUUCUCUCUUCAGAUAUGAAAACAUUUGGCCAAAGAGAGACAAUUGAACAUUUUAAGAAAUAUGGUUAUAGCAUAACUGAUUUUAAACCUCCAAAAUAUGACCCAAAGACAAAAUUAAUGACUGGGGGAGUAGCUGUUGUCAGAGAUGCUGAAUUGUAUGUUGAACUUUAUGGAAUAUCAUUCUUAACCUGCCCCCAGUUUCUUCCAUCUGAUUUACAGAAAUCUAACAGUAUCACCAAAGCAAAAGUCAGGGGUUAUUGGAUCAAUACAGUUUUUAGUCCGGGUAUGUUUGCGAGAAAUCGAUAUGGAAAAGAAAUUCUCAAGCAUGCGCAGUCAUGGUCUGUCACACCAAAUAUGCAAAAUAGUUAUAGUUCUUACGUGAGYGGUACKUUUCAGAAAUGCAAGAAACCUGGACACCAUGCUUGCUUGGAUAGCUUUGUUGCAGAUGGGAAUAUUCCUGUAUUUGUUCCAUGAUGGUAGAGAACAACAUCAUCAACUGGGCUUGGUAUAGACACAGGGAUCCCAAUCACAUAAAAACACUCAAUCACAUGAUAUUUAGGAAGAACAACACCAGCAAAGAAAUUUCAACUGGGCUUGGUAUAGACACAGGGAUCCCAAUCUUAUGAAAACACUAAACAUAGUUAUCAAUCUCAGUACUAUGAGCUGGGACUCGACCUUGAACCACAGCUAGUAGUGAGAGGUUAGUGGUAAACCAAUACGUGCCCAUGCYACCAUAAAGAAGAUGGGCAAUUUCGAGCAGCCUAACAUAACUAGGCUUUGCUUAGGCUUUCUAUAAACACAAGGACCCCACUCUAGGAAAGGAACGGAUUAAAGUUCUUGAACCUCUCAGUAGCUUACAUAAUUUAUUACGUGGUGAAUCCCCUUUACAUUUAAUGCUAAUCAUUUAUGUUUUAAAUUUUUAAACUAUAUUUCUAAGAUGUACAUCUGGUACAGGGAUGGUCUACUUUCCUCCUAAAAAAAGGAAAAAAARCAUGAACAAGAUAGUGUAAAAAUGUAUAAGUUUUAUUAGGAGCUGUCAAUUGCUUAAGAGUUCUAACCAAGGAAGCACAAUCCACAUAGGCCUUAAAAUGGGACGACGUUUCCCAGGAUUUCUUUUUAAGAUAAAUUUUUCUAAGAUAAAUUUUUCUAAAAUAAAUUUGUCUAAGAUAAAUUUGUCUAAAAUAAAUAUAUUUUAAUCAAGUAAAUAUAUCCUGUCUAGUGCACCUGUUAACAAGAAGCUGAAGCAUAGUGUUACUUGGCUGUGUCUAGGCUACCCAAGUACUGCUUAGGAGCGUUGAAUAAUAAAAAUUAUCACAUUCUUAGCACAUGGCCUAUGCGCAGUCGCUCUUAACCUCCCCCUUGCAGAAUAUACUUGUUUUUGCAACUGAGAGAGGGGUGUAAGCGACUGUGUCAAGGUUCAAAACGAAAUAAAACCUACUGUAUGCUUACCAUAACUUUUGAUCCAUUUGUUCGGAGGAAUCCAUGCAUUGAAGGCAAACUUGUACACUAUAGGUGCAUUACUUUUGACGAGAAUCUAUAAUUGUUUUAAAUAAUACAUUUUUUAAUGUGUA